AUGGCGACUGUAACUGAAACAAAUCACGUCAAUUCAUCGAUAAAAUUGUCUGCUGGUAGCGAGAGUAAUCUACAAAUUAUUCCCUCACAUCCUAUCAACCAGAGUAGGGAAGACAAUCGACAUGUUUGUCGAUGUUCAGAUCAAUUACAGGUUCAGGAAUCGACAUUAAAAGUAAAUGAUUUUUCUGACAACAAAGAUAUCAGUGAAACGAUUGCGAGAAAUAUUUUAUUUUCCGGUGAGGAAAAAUUUCAAAGCGAACUCGAUGAAUUAUUUUCAAACGACAAAAUGCCUUUCGAAGAGUAUCACAUCAAGAUUGAAACAAAGAAUAUUAUUAAACGUUCAAAAAGAGAUUUCUGCAAACAUUUAUCCAAGGCCAAAUAUCCAGUAAAAAUAGCUGAUGACAUUAUCAAAACGUUUUCUGACAAAAUUCAUUCAUACGCCGAUGAUUUAAUAUGUACCAACGAAUUAAGCCUAAACAAUGCCAAGGAAAAUUACAAGCAAACAUGUGAACAGUUAAUGGCAGAAUACGUUGUGCGUUGUAAUGAUAGUCUUCAUGGGGAGCCAGAACCGUUUGAUAUAAUCACUUCCAAGUGCAGAGAUGAUAUAAUGAGAGAGUAUGAUCAAAAUAUUGUAAGAUUUCCAAAAUUCAUCAUUCGUGAUAACCGAUACAUUUUCCGAGUUACUCUUAUUUCCAGGGACAAAGAAUUCCGUAAUCAAUAUGACGCGUACUUAAAAUCAUACAUGGAUGACUUCAAAAAGAAUGUCGAUGAAAUAUAUGAUAACGUUUUUCAUGAAUAUAAACUCAAAGUCAAUGUCAAAUUACCGAAUAUACCAAUGUCAGAAGUAGAGUUAGACUCAUUACUAUACGAUAACAAGGUCAAAUGCCAUUCGAAAUUUGAUUCCAAAACUGCAGAUCUCUCCGGUAAAAGAAGGGCUUCAGAAGCUUAUGUCCAGCAACGGAAGAACGUCCUUGUGAAUAGUAUCAACGCGGAACAAGAAUACAUGAUCAGUUACAACAAAGAAUCUUCAAACGAAUGUUGUAACAAGCUAUGGGACGAAAAGGUCGAAUUUAUACGUGAAAAAGUAAAGAAGGGAGACUACGAUGCACUGGAAAAAUUUCAAAAAGAUCUCAAUACUUUCAAUAAUAGCUAUCGUCUUGCAGCAAGUGGACCUGCUAUUGAUAUCGUUUGGAACAAACGAUUAAAGGAGAUAGAAUCCUGGGAGGCCAAUGUCAGGAGAUCCAUUAAAUCAUUACUUCAUAAUGGCAAAGAUAUUGAAAUAAUUUGCCAUGAAAUUAUGAAAUCAACACUUACUCUCGUUGAUCAGUUGGCCGAAUAUUUAGGGUUAGCAUGGGCUGGAACUGGUCAGUACAGGCGUACAGCUAAUGGUUAUAUGUGGGUAAGCACCAGGAAGGAUGUGAAGCGCAAGGACUAUUUACCAUCUUAUGAACUCUAUGAUAUCAAGACCAACUUCAAAAAUUUAAUAACAUCCGACCCGAUUAUAGAAUACGUCAGCCCGCGUCAAGUCAAUACUACGAUUUAUGGACCUUACCCUACAGAGCAAACUAUAACCAGGAAAGUUGAUUACGCAGUAACUGAGCAAUUGAUUUGGGAGUCAAGUAAGAAGUUCACUUUCAACCAAGAGGCUUUGGCCUCCUAUAAGCAAGGCGUCAAGGACAUAUGGGAAGCAUUAAUUAGUCUCAAAUUUGGGUUUUCGCAAGAGUUGUUUAAAAAAGAUGGUGGGACAAAAACGCUAACUAGAACUGAAUCAAGCACAAAUCAAAUUAACAUUCCAGCUGGAAAGAGGGUUGAGGUCACUUCAAUUAUCCACGAUCAAUCAGUUACCAUUAAUUAUAUUGCAACUUUUGUUGUUUCUACAAGUUUAAGGAUGCGUGGUAUCUUGUUGUGGGGAUCUGAUAGCCCGGAGAAAAAUUAUCACAAAGAUUUCCAAGAAAGAGGCUCUGGAAGUCAUUGGAGACACGAUUUUGGAGACAUUACCGAAAUCUAUAAUCAAAUGAUGCAAACCAGAGAACCAUGGCUUUGGGAUGAGUGCAAACGCGACCAUCCCCAACUUACUUCCGUAUUGGAACAACUUAAAGACCCCCAAAAAUAUGAAUUUAUUGUUUCCGGAAAAUUUAAUGGAGUUAAUGGGGUCAGAGUAGAAGAUAAAAUUAAGAUCUUGAGUUAA